AAACCCAAGAACACAAAUAAGAAGCAGAUCGGUCGUCCUCUCCUCUCCGCUUCCCGGCGAGGCGAUGGCCAUCGCCGAGGGGAAGAAGAGGAGGCCCGCCCUGAUCUGCUGCGGCGUGCUGGUGGCCGUGCUCGUCCUCCUCGCCGUCAUCUUCGUGACGCUCUACUUCACCCUGUUCCGGCCGCGGUCGCCCAAGGUGGUGGCGACGGCGGUGGGGGCGGAGAUCUUUCCCAAGAACAACGGCGGCGGCGCCCAGGACCUCAACCUCACCGUGCACGUGGACGUCACCGUGAACAACCCCAACUACGCCGCGUUCCGGUACGGCGACGUGGCGACGGUGGUGCGGUACCACGGGGAGGACGUGGGCCUGUCGGUGGUGCCCGCGGGGGAGAUCGGACCGCGCGAGACGCAGACGAUCGCCGCCGCCGUUGAAGUGGACACCGGCAAGGUGGCGACCAUCCCCUACUUUUGGGUGGAGUUUCCGACAGGGAAGUUGCCGUUCCAGACGGCGACGGAGGUCGCCGGCAAGGCCGUGGUGCUGGGCACAAUCAAGAUCAGGGCGAGCUCGGAGGUGGCGUGCGAUGUCACCGUGCAAUUGUUGCCUCCCAACGCCACGUCGGAGUGCACCUCCACGGUCCAUAUAGGCCGGUAGUAACGAGCUAUAUAUAUCCAGUGGCUCUGCUCAUCUCUGAACAGAUAAGUGAACAUCAAAAUGUAUACUCUGCUGUGAAAUUAUCAACGACCGUGUUUUUAAGGGACAGUGAAAUAAAAUAUAUUAAUACAGGUAAAUUCACAAAAAAAA